AUGGCAGAUUUUAACCGGCUACAUAAAGGUCACAUAGGAACGGCACCAAAGUCAGCUUUUAAUAAAAAGUCACAAGAAGACAAAAGUACUGAUUGGUCAGUUUAUGUAACGACGCAGUUAAAAGCAUGGGAGGCUCUUCAUAAUUUAUGGCUGAGCAAAUUCCCUGGGCCAGCAUACAUUGUGUCCUAUGAGACACUGGUUAAGGACACCAGAAACACUCUACAAGGGAUACUGAAUUUUUUAAACGUUACUGUUACGGAGGAUGACAUGAAAUGCGCUUUAUUGCACAAAGAGGGCAUCUACAGACGCAAGAAUAAACAUCAAAACUUCGACCCUUUCACUCAAGACAUGUACCAACGUUUACACGUAGUAAAAGAGAGGGUGCUGAGAAACAUACAGGAUUAUAGGAGGAAGGUUAAUGACACAAAUAUAGCUAAAGAUAUUUUU